UUUCCGGUUUGACCGAUGCCUUGGCUGUAAGGAUGAUCGGAGACAUACUGCUGUUCGGGACGCUACUGAUGAACGCCGGGGCUGUGCUCAACUUUAAACUGAAAAAGAAGGACACGCAAGGCUUUGGGGAGGAAUCGAGGGAACCUAGCACAGGCGACAACAUCCGAGAGUUUUUACUGAGCCUGAGGUAUUUCCGGAUCUUCAUUGCGCUGUGGAAUGUGUUCAUGAUGCUCUGCAUGAUCGUACUGUUCGGCUCUUGAGCCCUGCAUGGAACCCAGAGCUUACCUGCUGGACAUCGAGGCUCCAUUUCUGAUGACUUCAAGAAUGCUCACUGGAAAACCAGGGACCUUCCCAGAAGGUUCCAGCUCAUUUGGGUGGAGAACGUCCAUCUCCCAGGCACUUGACCCUUUGCAGCCACAGUUCCACCUGUCUUUUGCAGUUUCAGGAAGAUCUGUAAGCCACAGUGACAGAGUCAGGCUUUGUUAGGAGAAAGACCUAGAUCUUUCCCUUGUUCUGCCAUUCUAUCUUCUCCUGGCCCAGCCUCUCCAGAAACCUGACCUAGGCUAUUUCUUGGUUGACUUGUUAGUGAUCGUUUUGCUUUGAUUUGGGUUUGAGGGUUUUGGUUUUUUUUUUUUUUUUUUUAUUGAUACGGUUUCUCUGCAGCCCUGGCUGUCCUGGAGCUCGGGCACCAGACUGGCCUCAAACUUACAGAGCUCCACCUGUCUCUGCCUCCCAAGUGCUGGGAUUAAAGGUGUGUGCCACCACUCCUUAGUUGAUGUGAAUCAGGCACCGGCUUGCAGGGCUAGCCAUGAAAGUCUAGCAGCCUCUUUUGCACUACAAGGUCCAUGCUGAUGGACCCAACAGUCUGGGGCUAGUGAGGUCUUACGUCCAAACACUUCCUUCUUACUCCGUGACAGGGUUUACCUGGAUCAGCGAAAGUCUGCUCCAGCACUCGAAGGAGCAGGUCCACCGCCCUUGGGACACCAGCCUCUUUAGACGCUAAGCGUUAGCCAUAACAUGCUUCUUCAGAAGAGGCCUGUAGAAGAGGUGCUGUGGUGAUGUUAGCAGACACCUCUCUGUGCUUUCAAGCCGCUUGUCAAUAAAGUGUCUUUGGGGGCUGGAGAGAUGGCUCAGCGGUCAAGAGCACUGACUGCUCUUCCAGAGGUCCUGAGUUCAAAUCCCAGCACCACAUGGUGGCUCACAACCAUCUGUAAUGGGCUCUGAUACCCUCUUCUGGUGUGUCUGAAGACAGCUACAGUGUACUUAUAUAUAAUAAAUCUUUAAAAAAAAAAAAA